CACUCCAUUAGGGAAUAACCACAGUUUGAUAAACUCUAAUUAUUCUUGAUAAGGAGUAGCAUGUGUGAUGAGGAUAUUGGUAAACCACAGUAAAUGGUUGAGGAGGGAAAUUCAGGAAAUUGUUUCUGAAAUGUGGUGGAGUUACUUUUAGUGACAGAGGCGAGGUGUUUUUUUCCAGUCUUGGUUUUUAUAAGUGGCUGAUCUUUCCAAUGGAUUUUGGGAUGGUGAUUUUGGAUUGACGCUGCAAUAGCUUUAUUCGUAUUCGUGAUGCUAGCCUUUGCUUGGGACCAGAAAUAAAGCAGUCAAUCUUUACUGUUUGAUGAUUAAAACUUUGUUAAAGAGAAGUCACAAAAACAAUCCCACACAAUGCUUUGAAGUAAAGUACUUUUACCAACCUAACAUAGAGAGAGACUGUACCAAUAGGAACUGAGAUGAAGGAAGAUAUGGGUAGAAACAGUUGAAUCUGGACUUAGCUUCCUUAUGAUCUAAGUAUGAAAAAUCAUGUUGGAAAGACACAAAUAUUGGAGUAAAACAACAAUUGUUACAAUCUGUUUGAUCUUUAAAAUAUUUUGGAACGGUAAUCAAGGAAAUAAUUUUGAGAAGUGAAUGACUAUUUCUUUAUGAAUAGAAACAAAAAACAACAGCAAGAAGCAUGUGAAACAGGACAGGAUAAUAACUGCUGAUUUGAGAUUAAUUUGUGUAGGUUAUAAUACACUGAAACAGGGAUUGUGGGGAUAUUCUGGUGGAUUAUAUGUUAUCACUUUGGCAAUAGAUCUAUUGUCAGUUUAUACAACAGAUCAAAAAGAACACUGGUUGAAAUUACCUUUUUUGAACCCUGAUAAAUGAUGAAAGGUGUCUAAAUGGAUCACUGUUUGAUGGUUUGUUUCCUAAUUUAAUAAAAUUACCAGAAAUGAGUGUUUUAUGUGAGAAAGAUUUGAAAGGGGAAAUCAAAACUUGAAAAGCUGAACAUGCUUAAAAGAACUUUGAAGCCGAAUAUAUGUCAGGCAUUUAAUGGGUGAAAAUGUUAACAGGAUGGACAGUUGUGGAUAUUACUUGACCAUGUAUGUUACGACUGCAACGCUAUUCAUCUGGAAAAAAAAAAAUUCAAUGAUCGAGCUGUGUCUGUGAAAUAAGUAAUGUAUAAAUCAUUUUGUAUACAUCACUAAACAAUAAUUGGAGUUUGAUAAGCAGGAAAUGGAUGGCGAUAUCACAGAUUUCUAAUAAAGGUAAUGAGUUGCUUAUUGGCUGAAAAACAACCAUCAUAAUGAAGAAAAUGUACAACAGGAUGAGCCAACAGAUGCCCAGGGUCAUUUUCCUCCUCUUCUGUCUAUCGAUGAUGUCCAUGAUGUAUGUGGCAAAAUUCGGAGUCUACAUGGACGCUCAGUUUCGAAGCGAGCGGCGCCUGGUCGAGUUCUCAAGCAAACAGCCCAGUGAGAUUGAGCGAGAUUCCUCGAGGGAAGUGGUGGCGUCCCUACAAGAGAGGAUACGUAACCUUGAGAAUCUCCUGGCAUCGACAAGUGAGAAAGCCAAGCAUCUCACUAGUCAGGUCACCAACCAAACGCUGCUGAUACGUUCGCUGCAGGAGUUUAAAAAUAGCACUGAGAAGAAUAUGGAAUCCACCUCUACCAGGGUCAGCUCAAAUACCUCUGAAAUAAUGACGGACAUUUUGAACAACGCCGAAAUUCUAAAAGGUGUCGCUUUAAAAUCUGAGUACGAGCUCAUUCCAUUUACUAAAUUUACAUUAAACAGGAUUUUUCUCGUCGAGCCCGGUUUAGGUCGAAGAGUGGUUGAAAAGCCGAUUGGAUAUAAGAGGAAGGAUAUUAACGAUGUCAUCUUGUAUGCCAUGGGUGAAUUGAACAAACGUAGGACCGCUGACAUGAAGUUGUACGAGAUGGAGGAUUUCAUAGAGGGGAUGUAUCGCACUGAACCUUUGACGGGCACACAGUACGAGCUAUAUUUCAGAGAUAUCGAUAAUUCUAAUAAAAGAUCCUCGUAUAAAAAAAUUACAGUUGUCAGACCCUUUACAACUUUGUACAAUGUUGAGGAGACUUCUAAAAACACUUCUGACACCUGGAUAAAUUUGGUGCUUCCAUUGUCGGGAAGGAAAGACGCCUUCCAGCAAUUUUUGUCUCGCUUUAUCCGAGUUGUGAUCAAUCAGGACCAACGAGUGUUUCUGACUGUGGUUUACUUUGGUCAGGACGGUCUCGAAGAUGUGAAAAAUCUCAUGACAUCCACUGCAAAAACUUAUCGAUAUAAACAUAUGAAGCUUGUUACACUAAAGGAAGAAUUUUCCAGAGGGAGGGGUUUGCAGGUGGGCGUAUUAAGUUGGAAGACCAAUGACGUUAUAUUGUUCCUCUGUGAUGUGGAUAUUGUGUUUAACCUAGAUUUCUUGGAACGAUGCCGACUUAACACGGAGAAAGGGAAGAGGGUGUAUUUUCCCAUCGUGUUCAGUCUGUACAAUCCCAAUGUUGUGUACAGCCUUCAGGACAUGCCCAUUCCGGCGGAAAAAGAACAACUAGUCAUAUCAAGAAACACUGGCUUCUGGCGAGACUUUGGUUACGGUAUGACCUGCCAGUAUCGAUCAGACUUUAAGUCUGUGAAUGGCUUUGAUGAGUACAUUUCAGGGUGGGGUGGUGAGGACGUCUUUCUGUAUCAAAAAUUCGUUAAAAGUGACUAUAUGGUUAUUCGGGCCACUGAUCCUGGCAUUUUCCACCUCUGGCACGCCAAACAGUGUGACCCGAAGCUGAACUCUGAGCAGUACCGAAGUUGUAUACGUUCCAAAGCACUCAACGAGGCAUCGCAUGCGCAACUGGGCUUGUUGGCCUUCAAGGACGAAGUGCGACUGCACAAGUCGCUGGCUGGAAACCAGACUGGGCUGCCCCCUCAGAUUGGUCUUAUUGAUGGACCUUCGUUGAUCAGAAGUCACGAGGCACGGGAACCUGUUAGAUGACACAUGAUACCUCAAUAAAUAGAGCCUUGUUCUGGGAAAACUGGGCUUAAUGCAUGUGCAUAAAGUGUCAUUCCAGAUUCGCCUGUGCUAAUGGGGCUUAUUCGGGAUGACACUUUCCCCUUUUGUUUAUUUUUUAUUUGUUUAAAGUAGGCCUAUUUUAAACGAAAAUAUUGUUAAAGCGGAAAGUUUUUGACCCUGAUUAGCCCAAAGGACUACACAGGCUUAUCUUGGAGAACCCUUAAUGAACAUGCAUUAAGACCAGUUUUCUCAAAAUGAGGCUGAUAUAGUAGAUGGUAGUAUAUUUUUGUAAUUUUGUGUACAAUUAAAAUCACAAGUAUUUUUGUAUUUCUUAAAUCUAUUGUUAAUUGACAGAAAGCUAUUUUCUGUUUUGAAUAAUUGAACAGUGUUACAACCUAUCAAUUUAUGUUAAAUUUUUUAGAGGAAAGUAAAAAUGAAAUCGAGCAAAUGUUUAUAAAAAAUAGGUUUACGGAUUUGAUUUAUUUUAAUUUUAAAGACAAAUCAGUAUUUUAUUUGUUUGUGGCUACUCCUUUAAUAAAUGUUUUUUUUUCUGUAAACCUGAACACAUAGGAAGGAUUAAAAAUAAUCUUAGUCAACAAUUCACUUAAGGUUUUAACCAUGUAUAAUUCGUUUUGUGUUCAGUUACUUGUAAUUAAUCUUAUGACAGGAUUUCUUGUUGCACCAAAAUCUUUUGUUUGCAUCAUGUUGAACAAUGAGUAAUGACAGAUUAGAAAUAUUAAGUUUAUUUAAAUAUUAAAUGCAAGUGCUACAGUACUGUACAAUUAUGUCUUCAAGUUAUUAUAGCCUUACCUAGUCCUUUAAUUAACAUGUGUUUAGAGUCAAAACCUGUUCGAUAACACUGAAAACUUAAUGUGAAAAGUUACUUAUUAGCCAUUCAUCAAAUAUUUUUAUUUUUUUCUGUCAUUCAUACUCAAGUGGUUAAAAGUCAAAAUACAGAAGCGAAUAUCGAUGCAGUGCAUCUGUGUCCGCAUUAUGUGGCGAGUAUGCUUAUUAAUAUUAUCAGCAUAAUUAUGUUACAGUUGUAUUUAAAUAUAUAUUACACUAUGCCUAAUAAAGGAUCUCUUUUAUAACAACGAUAGUCGAUAAUUUUGAUCUCUGUCUUUUUUAAUAGCAGGAUCAGCAGAUAUUGUGUUUAAAUGGAUAGACGUGUAUUUUACAAAAGAGUAAAAGAUGGUCCUUAAUUAAGACUAUAUUGGAUGUUAAUUUGGUUCAAGACUGCGAUACUUCUGUUCACUUCAAACUAUGAUUUGUUUACUGAUUUAUAACAUUUAUUGCAGUUUGUUCGUCUACUUUCAUUAUGUAUCGUAUGAUACAAGUGUUAUCUGCAGGGAUUCACAAUUCAUUAUUUUAUUUAUUUGCAUAUCUAUUUAUAAGGCUUGAAAGCCAUAAGUGACAAAUGGACAUUUUAUUUAAUGUGGUGUGUUCUUGUUGUUGUUGUUGUUGAUGUUGAUUUCUAGUUCUUUGAGAUUGUUUUUUUUUUGUUAUGUUACUUUAAGUUUUGAAUGUGUUUAUUAAUUCAGUUCAGUGAAAAUUCAUGUACAGUUGACACAUUGUGUUAGUAAUUAGCUGCAAUUUUUUAACUUUGAAUUACAAAUAACAAUUCACCUAGCAAUACACUUGGGUUGGCAAGUUUCACAGCUCAUACUGUAGCAGUGAAAACCAACAUGUACAUUUAUCAUCUAACUUUGAAAACCAAGAACUGAAGAAAUUAUGAUGUGUUAAUUUGUUUUAAUUGAAGUACAUGUAUGUGUUUGUUGAUACAUUCAUGCCUAGUUACAUGGAGAUGUACUAAACAAUGCUACCAGCAAUGCAUGUAUAUCAAACAAUUUUUAUUUGUGCUAGUACUUUGUUUAAAUGUUGUGUUUGUUUUUCAUGUAUAUUGAAUUAGUGCCUAAGUGAAUUCCACACUGUAAAGUCAUUAUUAUACAAAUGUAGUUGAACUCAAGUGCCUAACUCUUUACCAUGUUGUUGUUCAAACUUCAGUAUUUAUUAUAAAGUGUGUUUAAAGUAACAAGUGUGUGCUGUAAUUAGUUAAAGUCAAGUGCCUUUGUUGUGGUUCUAACAUCAGUAUUUACCAUUUAGUGUCUUAAAGGGACCAUCAACCACCAAUGACAAAAAAAUAAAAGUUCUAAAAUACUGUAUUUUUUUACAAUUAUUAGUUUAUAUUGAUUAAAAUAUCACGACUGGUAAAUUACAUUACUUGAAAAAAGUUGUACAGUGUUCAUAUUUUCAUAUAUUCGGUAAUAAAAUUUUACUGGGCAUGUGUACCAGGUGACUACCUGUUAACUAUAAAUAACGCAAGCAGAUUGAUCAUCAGCGUCACGUAAUAAACCCAGGAAUGCAAAUUGUGCAUGCAUAGUGAAUUGUAUAUAUUUUAUAUAUAAAUGACCAGUCUACCUGCGUUAUUUAUAGUGUGUAUAUCGUUAUGUCACCUAUUUUCGCGAUGUACUUUGAUUUCACAUUGCGAAAUUUUAUUAUUGAAUAUACAGGCUUGGCGAAAUUGGAAAAAAUCUAACGGUCAUCUGUACAGGCAUUUCAGAAAAUGUGCCGGUCCGGAGAAAAUUUUGUCAGACCGAAAAAAAAACAACACAACUAUGUACAUUAACAUAAAUAAUGCUGAUCAUCCAAAGAAAUAUGUAACAGGGCAUCUAAUUGGUCAAACUAUAUUAAACUGACCAACAAUAUCCAUUUAGGCAUUAUAACAACGUAAACUAAAGUAAGGAGGAAGUAUUGAAAAUAAAAUUGCGGUUAACGGACAUUAACUUGUACAAUUUUAAAUGAUAACUUGUUUGAGACCUAUGACGAGUGCAUGUUAUAAAGAUAUCACUAGAACAUUGUUUAUAUUUUAUAAACAACCUUUUUAAAGCCAUGCUUCAUACAGAAAUUCAUAUUUUAAUGUCCUUAUCAACUCGAAAAAUAUGUCAAAGCUACCAAGAUCUUUUUUGUUAGAACGCAGUUGCCGAUUUUGCGACUGAGUUUGAAGUAGGUGUUGUGUAACCAGUUGGAUUUGCUAAUUGUACGCAACAAUCUUACUGCAAACAUCAAAACAAUGAGGGAUUUCAUUUUCAUGAUGUAGUAAGGGAUUUGCUCUUCGAAUUUUUAACAUUGAAAAAAAAAAUAUUUGUUUGCAUUCAUUUCACAUUUUGCCGGUCGCCAGGACCGAUAUUCUUGUUAAACCUACCGGACCAAAUGGAAAUCUGCCAGUCAGAACCGGCAAUUUCGCAGAAGUGUAAUAUUCCAGUAGUGAUAUUUUAAUCAAUAUAAACUAAUAAUUGUAAAAACAAAUACGGCAUUUUAACACUUGCCUUUUUUUAUCAUUCGUGGUUGAAGGUCCCUUAAAAAGAAAUAAGCGUUUGCUUGAAGUGCUUGAUAAACAUAGUGAUGAGUGAUGUAUCAUGUAUAAUAAUAUUCAUUUCAAACCUUUGAAUCAUUUACAUGAGACAUUUAAUGUAAUAAUUAAUAACACUAAAUCAAAUGUUAUAUUGUUAUCCAAAACAAUACAACAUAAACUAUUGUAAAAACAGAUUAAUACAGAGUGCCUUGGUUUAACAAACUUUAGUUCACAUUGAUGAUUCGCAAUGUUGUUUGUUAAGAAAUCAUUUUAUUAAUAUUCUCAUUAAGUAAUAUUAAUGUUGUAUUACACAUAAUUAUGUUGUGUGAAUGUAGUUAUUUUUAAGUUAUUUCAUGUUGUGUGGAAUACCCUAACACACAAUAAAACAGUCACAUAUUUGAACAUUUGAGAAUGCAUAUUUUGAUUAAAAUGACAAAUUAAAUAUUGAAUUGAUAACCA